AUGUUUUUUUAUAAAAUAAUUUAUUUUAUUGGUUUUCCAUAUAUUGUAUUAAGAUUAAUAGUAUCAAUAAUUUUACCAAUUGCAUCACUUUAUUUCAUUUAUUGUAAUUUCAUUGCACCAAAGUUACGUGAAAAACCAGAAUCAUCAUAUAAAAAUAAAGUUGUAAUUAUUACUGGUGCAAGUUCAGGUAUUGGUGCUGAACUUGCUAAAAAAUAUGCAAGAUUAGGUUGUAAAGUUACAAUUGUAGCAAGAAGAUUAGACCAAUUAGAAAAAGUAAAGUCAAGUUUUUUAAAGGACUAUUCAAGAGUUAAUGAUGAUGAUAUUUUAGUAAUUAAAGGUGAUUUAACUUUAAUUGAUGAUUGCAAAAAUAUGGUUGAAAAAGUUAUUGAAAAAUGGUCAAAAAUUGAUAUUUGUGUUUGGAAUGCAGGAUCAGGAUCAUUGAUUGAAUUUAGUAAACUUCAAGGUGAUAUUUCAAUUUAUAGGGAUAAUAUGGAAUUAAAUUAUUUCUCAUUAGUUAAUUGUACACAUUUAGUUUAUAAAUAUUUAGAGCAAUCACAUGGUAGUAUUAUUGUAAUCUCAUCAUUGGCUGGUAAAUUUGGUACUGCUUUACGUACAUCCUAUAGUUCAAGUAAACAUGCCGUUAUGGGAUUCUUUAAUUCACUUAGAAAUGAAACUAAAAACAUUCAAAUUACAAUCGUUUGUCCAGGUUUCAUUUUAACAGAAUUUCAUGAUAAUCUUAAAACUUUAGAUGGUAAACAAGUCGAGAGAAAUAAAGGUAAUUUUAUGACAGCAUCCCAAUGUGCAAAUGAAAUCAUUUUAGCUGAACGUCAAGGUAUUCGUGAAUUAAUCCAAACUGCAAAAGGUAGAGUUGGUAAUUAUCUUCAAGCAAUUUUCCCAGAAUUAAUUGAAUUCUUAACUCAUAAAUUUGCAAGUUCAUCUGUUAAAAAAUAA